AAACAGUCUUAUUAGUUCUAACAUAUAAAAAAAAUGAAAUAGAAAACUAAAUUAAGAAGCACAAGCACAGCUUUAAUGGGUCCAUAUCUUGAGUGGCCACUAAUAUGGUAUUAAUUUAUGGUCAAACACAGGGGUCUAUAUAAAGGCAUCACCAAUGGCAAGUGCUUAAGUGAGUGAUUUCAAUCCAUAAUAAUAUUAAUCAGUUGAAGAGGUGAAGAAUGAGUAACAACGGUGCAGGGAAAUUGGUGUGUGUCACCGGAGCUGCCGGUUACAUUGCUUCAUGGAUUGUCAAGUUCCUCCUUCAACGUGGUUACACUGUCAGGGCUACUGUUCGAAAUCCAAAUGAUCAUAAAAAGGUGGAACAUUUGCUUAAGCUUGAAGGUGCAAAGGAGAGACUACACUUGUUUAAAGCAGAUCUUUUGGCUGAAAAUUCCUUUGACUCUAUUGUUGAGGGUUGCGAUGGUGUCUUUCAUACUGCUUCUCCCUUUAUUGUCAACAUCAAAGACCCACAGGCAGAACUAAUUGACCCAGCAGUGAAUGGAACUCUUAAUGUUCUUAAAUCAUGUGUAAAAUCCUCAUCUGUGAAACGAGUCAUCUUAACAUCUUCUGUGGCUGCAGUUGCAUACAACGAAAGACCUAAAAGUCCCGAAGUUGUAGUUGAUGAAACCUGGUUUUCAAAUCCAGAUUACUGUAGGGAAUUAAAGCUAUGGUAUAUGCUUUCAAAGACUUUGGCUGAGGAUGCCGCAUUGAAAUUCGCAAAAGAAAACAACCUUGACUUGGUUGCUGUUAACCCAGCAAUGGUUGCGGGGCCACUUUUGCAAGCAGAGCUUAACACAAGUGCUGCUGCAAUUUUAAACUUAAUAAAUGGUUCAGAAACUUUUCCAAAUGAUACUUAUGGAUGGAUCAAUGUGAAGGAUGUUGCAAAUGCCCAUAUUCAGGCAUAUGAAAUUGCUUCAGCUAGUGGAAGAUACUGUUUAGCCGAGAGAGUGGCACACUUCUCUGAACUCGCCAAUAUUUUACGUGAUUUGUACCCGACAUUUCAAAUUCCAGAAAAGUCUGCAGAUGAUAAGCCUUAUGUACCAACAUUUCAAGUUUCUAAAGAAAAGGCAAAAAGUUUGGGGAUUGAAUUUAUUCCUUUGGAAGUUACCCUUAAAGAGACUGCGGAAAGUUUAAAAGAAAAGAAUUUUGCCAACUUUUAACUCCAACGUCUCCUUUCAUCAUGAGUGAACAUUAAUAAUCUCAAUGAUGUUUGGCAAAUGAUUCUGGCUUCAGGAACUCCAUAUUAUAAAAUAAAUUAAUGUUUUGAAAUAUUAAGUAUGUAAUAAAGCAAGACCACUUGUUAUCUUGUUGAUUUUAUUUUGGUUUGUAGUCGUGAAGGUGAACAACUAGUGAUAUAAGUUGGAAAUAAGUAUCAUGUUAUUUCUUGUCCAAAUA